CAAAAGCAUCCAAAGAUCUAUAUCAAGAUAUCUGAACUUUUUGCUAUCGCAUCUAUUUCAUUUUUUUUUUUCUUUUUUCUCUUCAUCUUCUUGUUUUACUUCUUUCUUUUAGUUGUAAACUUAUACUUAUAAUGUUCGCUUCCACGGCAUUGAUUGCUGCGCUUGUGAAGCACCAGUUUGGUUCCGGCAAACCCAAGAACGAUGAAGUGACUCGUGAAGUGAUCGAAAAAGUCGCCAGUGAGCUCAAGGCCGCACUUCAGGAAGAUGCUGCUUCCACCACCGGCAGUCAAACCACCAUUGUCGACGAAGAUAACAGUGUUCAACUCCAAUCCCGUAUCAAGAAUGUCAUUGAAAGAUUAUUCCAUGCUUCCGGCGAUGACACUCUUCUUACCAAUGCCAAUCAAGCUAUUAACUACAUUGCUUAUGCUCUUUCCGAUCUCUUGUUUGUGUAUCCUGGUUCCACCGCCGGUUACCUGGGCCAGGAACUCUCCGUUUGGUCUCAAGUGAUUCGCAACAGUCAAGAUCAAUUGGUAAAAAUUGUUGAAAUGCAAACUCGUGCAGGCGCUUUGCAAGCCGUCCAGGGUGCAUUGGCCGAGAAUCCAUCCAAGUCAGCCACGGUUUUAACGUCGUCCGAAGCCUUAUUAUCCAUGAUUCCCAACAUCCAUGUCCUCGCACUUACCCGUCAACCGGUGGUGUUCCAUGUUGCGGCUCAAACCGUCGAUCAAGAUUUGGUGGCUCAGCCUCAUGUGGAUGGUAUUCUUGCCGCUCGCAACUCUGGUGCUUUACUUUUGGCUUCCAAGACUGUCCAAGAAGCUCAUGACAUGGCGAUUGCUGCUCACUUGUUGGCCAAGGCUACCAGUCUACCUGUCAUCCACUACUUUGAUGGCGCUUCGGCGGCCAAGCAAAUUGAAAAAGUCAAGUUGGUUUCCUUCUCCGCUUUAGCACAAUGGCAAACCCGUACCUCGGUCCAGUCCACCACUUACGCUGAAGCUUACCACACCGCCAAGCAAAUACUCCAACAACUUGGCUAUCAGCCCUUUGAAUACAUCGGUGCCGCCAAUGCUGAAACCGUGUUUAUCACCUUAGGUGCCGGCAUCGCUUCUGUUUCCCAGGCAGUGGCUCGUUCCGCUCAAUACCAAAAGACGAGCGUCGGUCUUCUUAGUGUGCGUUUGUAUCGUCCUUGGUCUGAAACCGAUGUCAUUGCCAGCUUGCCCACCACUGUGCGCCGAGUCGUUGUGCUUGAGGAAGGCGAUGGUUUGUUUGCUUUCAACGGUCCUCUUUUCCUCGAUAUUGCUGCGGCUAUCCGAUUUGGUUCUUUGGCUCGUCAAACCCGUCCCCGUCUUAUCACCGCUCAAGCCAGUACAUUCAACCACCUCCACGCAGGUCAUAUCCCUGUCAUUGUCCAAGAAGCUGAACACGAAACCUUUAUCGAUUUGUUGGCCCCCGCAUUCACUGCUCCCAUUUCCGACGAAACCCUCACCGCUCAAACAUCCGAGGCCGGUCUCAAUGCCAUCUUCUGGGACGUCGAACAAGAUCAUUCCGCGGACGCUGCUUUCCACAUCACUCACUUGGUUCACCAACAACAACCUUCCAAGAAUAUUACAUCUCAGGUAUCCCGUGAUGCCUACCGUUUGGGUGGCGCCGUCGUGAAUACCCGCGUCAGCGAAACUGGAAUGCAGAACAAGGCUCAAUACAUUGGUGUGCACAACGUGGCUCUUACCAAAGAAUACGAUAUCCUGGCGUCGGCUCAGAAGAAGGCCACGGUGCUUCUUCACGGUCCCUGGAAACAUGGUGACGAAAUCGAAGCUCACCUAACCAACGAAUUCAAGCUGGCAUUGACCCAACUCGACAUCAAGCUUUACACUUUGGAUGCCGCCCGCAUCGCCGAAGAAUUAGGUCUCCAUCGCAAAUCGACCCAUCUGGUAUGGGAAGCCGCUUUCUUGCACUUGGUCCAACCCGAAUCUACUUCCGCCGACCGUCUCGCCGCACUGUACAACGAACUCGAGGUGGUGAACGAACAAGAAAAACGCGAAUUGCAGACGGUGUUGAAGGAGGUCGUUGAAGCUGUCAAGACUGCUUUGACCCACGUUGAACUGUUGCCUCCUUGGACGAUCCUUGAAAUCAACGAUGAAGUUUUGCCCAGCACUCCUAUUGACCGCUGUGCGGCCGCCGAUACGGAUGAUCAAGAUGAUGACUCCUCGACAGUUGUGGAUGGCGCCGACGGUGAAGAACGAUCCGAAGUCGGUAAAUGGCACCAGGCCGCUUUCCAUGUGAUGUUUGGCGAAGCUUACGAGAAGGAAACGGCGAUUCGUCCAGACUUGCACGAAGCUACCUACCUUGUAAAACUGACCGAGAACAAGCGCUUGACCCCCGCAAGUUACGAUCGCAACGUGUUCCAUCUCGAAUUCGAUACCAGCGGCAGUGGUCUCAAGUACUCUAUUGGUGAUGCUCUGGGUGUGCACGGCCACAACGACCAACAGGAAGUGAGAGAGUUCUUGCAAUGGUAUGGUCUCAAGGAAAACGAUGUGGUGUUGACCCGUAACGGAGAAUCCGGCCGAAAGGAAGCUCGUACCGUCCUCCAGUUGUUCACCCAGACUUUGGAUGUGUUUGGUCGUCCCAACAAGAAGUUCUACGAAGGCCUUGCUCAGUACGCUACGGAUCCCAAGGAACGCGAGCAGCUGUUGUUCUUGGUGUCAUCGGAAGGCAAGGAAGAAUACAAGAAGCGUGUGGAUGAGACGAUUACCUUUGAAGAUUUGCUUCGCGAAUUCACGUCGGCCAAACCUCCGUUGGAAGCUUUGGUACACAUGAUUACGCCCAUCAAGCCUCGUCACUACUCGAUUGCUUCCUCGCAAAAAAUGCAUCCCAACUCAGUACAUCUCCUUGUGGUCGCUGUGGACUGGCAGACAUCGACGGGCAAGAAACGCUAUGGUCAAUGUACCCGCUAUUUGGCCGACCUUCCCAUCAAUUCCGAUGUGACCGUCUCCAUCAAGCCUUCGGUGAUGAAGCUGCCUCCUUUGGAUACGCAACCUGUGAUCAUGGCUGGCCUCGGCACAGGUAUGGCGCCUUUCCGUGCUUUCAUUCAAGAACGUGCUGUUGCCAAGGCCGCCGGUAAGGAAAUUGGCCCUGUGGUUCUUUACUUUGGUUCCCGUAAUCGUCGCAACGAGUACCUGUAUGGCGAAGAACUGGAAGCUUACCAUGCCGCGGGUAUUCUUUCUCACAUGGGUUUGGCGUUCUCGCGUGACCAGAAAGAAAAGGUGUACAUUCAACACAAGAUGAUGGAAGAUGCCGAAAUGCUACACGAUUAUCUUAUCAAUAAGAAUGGUCACUUUUACCUGUGCGGUCCUACCUGGCCUGUGCCUGAUGUCAAGGAUGCUGUGGUCUACGGUCUCAAGAACUUUGGUGGUAUUGAUGAAAAGACGUCCAACGAUCUGAUUGAAGAAUGGAAAGAAAAGGAGAAGUAUAUUCUCGAAGUUUAUUAGAUACAUUUCAUUUUUUUAGCAUACAAUAGUAAAAUCAACAAAUAAAAAAAAAGUUUCAUUUUGCUCUACAGAA